AUUGAUAACCUGUCAAAACCAGAACCAUGACCCCUCGUUAACAAUUCUGUUCUCUUAAUUUCGACCUCUAUCGUUUAGAAAGAUGGCGGCUGUAUUUGCAACUUCUACCAAGGCGGCGCUCGCACGUCGCAGCGUCCACGUCAGGAUGUAUCCUACAGCACGAACCUUCAACGAGCGCCGCGAAGUCCUCCGAGUCCUCGAACGAUUUGGUGAAGUUACCAUGUUCAGAUCGUACAAGUACAACAUACGGAAUCCGGUGCCCAACUCCUUCCUGGCAAUGUUCAACAACGAUGCCGCGGCCGAAACACUCAUCAACGCGAGUCCUAUCCGCUACCGAUUGGUUCCCGAGGAUGGGGAAAGCACUGCAGAACGGCAGGAGAAGGUGUUCGAGCUCUACUUGUCGCAAUCGAUGUUUGACCACGAGCACUACAUCGCGACUGAUACGCUGUUCGGUCCCUGGAAGCCGGUGGAUCGGAAAUAUAAUUACCUGGCGAUGAGUCUGGAGAUCCCGCGGGGGGCGAUGAGUGCGGGACUGCGGGACUGGGACACGGAGGGACUGAAGUGGAGGAAUGCGGGGAAUGAAGGUCUGGUGCCGGGGUUUGAGGAAUCGUGGGCAAAGGACGGUGUUAAUAUACAGUGGAGGAUUCAGAUGAGGCAGAAGUGGAGGAAGGAGAAGAUGCUGAGGGAGACUGUUAUGGGGGGUUUGAAGAAGUUCGUGGAGGAGAAAGAAGCUAGCGAUCUGGCGGCUUCUACUGCUGAGGAGCAAAAGGUAGAGCAAAAGGAAGAGCAAAAGGGAGAGCAAAAGGGAGAGCAAAAGGGAGAGCAAAAGGAAGAGCAAAAGGAAGAGCGGAGAAAAGUAAAGUUUUCGGGCUUUGGAGCAUGGCCUGGGAAGGACAUAAAAGAUUUAGCAAGAGAAAGGGAAUUGGAGAAAGAAAGAGAGCAGGACCCGGACAGGAUAAGACAAUUAGAACUGGAAGCGAGAAAGGAGAGUUUAAAGAGGUUCGAGAUGAGGCAGAUGAAGAAGAGGUCGGAGGAGAAGCAGGGAAUGGUCGACAUAGAUCCAGGAGAGUGGCCCGUGAAAUGAGAGGAUAUCACUGGGCACGCCACAAACAAGCUUGUCCUGGAUGGAGGACUGGCCGGACAGGACCACGCUGCCUACGCGAAGAAGCAGGCACCUCUUCUGAUGGAGCUACGAGGCUGCGAUUCCUCGGACUUCAAGUG